AUGGACAAGGACAACGCAAACCCCGCCAUCCUCAACCCAGCGGACCUGCCCUCCCGCCGCGGCGCCUCCCAAAACCAAGCCGCCAACAUCAGCAACAGCCUCUUCGACGGCCUGAUCCCUUGCUACCCCCACUACGACAACCUGACCUCUGGCACUGCCUUCGCCGCCCCUCUGCCCUCAAACUCUUCCGACUCAGACGUCUCCUCCGACGACGACCUCCGCGAAGAAAUCGACGAGCAAGAAAUCUUCGACCUCAUCAGCACAAUCUCCGACCCGGAACAUCCUUUGUCGCUGGGCUCGCUCGCUGUAGUGUCGCUUCCUGAUAUCUUCAUCCUGCCUCCUUCGUCACCCAACUCCAAGAUUUCAACUGUGAAAGUGUUGGUGACGCCGACGAUUACUCAUUGCUCGUUGGCUACGGUCAUUGGGUUGGGUGUGAGGGUGAGGUUGGAGCAAUCGCUGCCGCCGAGGUUUAGAGUCGAUGUGAGGAUCAAGGAGGGCACGCAUGCCAGUGAUGAGGCGACGAAUAAGCAGUUGGGGGAUAAGGAGAGAGUGGCGGCUGCUAUGGAAAAUGGCACUUUGGUGGGUGUGAUCAAGAAGAUGUUGAGCACUUGCGAGUAG